UCCACGGUCAGAAGGGAGAUUUUGCGCCUCUAGCGGGAAGAUAGUUUCUUGCAUCACCGACUGAUCUCAAAUUGAUGACGUGGUGCGGUUCGUCGACCGGACGAUAAGGAUGGCCGACCAGAGCAGGCAAAUCAAACUCGCCGCAGCCAAGAAAAAGCUGAAGGAGUUUCAGCAGAAGAGUUCUCCAGCCAGUGGAGGAGAAGGAGGACCAGGGGCCAAGAAGACGAGAAAGGUGAAGGGAGGGAGCCAGCCAGACACACCCUCAGCUGACCGACACUCUCCAGACAAUAUUCAGAGUAUUCUGAAAGGUCUUAGUCAGACCAAUGGAUUAACUAUGCCUGCCUAUGGCAAAAGCCAGACCCACGUCCAUGGGGAGGUGAGGGGGUCCCCAGUUACCCAGCUACUGGAGGACCCAAACGGAGAGGCCGGCCGCGGCUCUCCUGUGUCUAACCCUGCUAGCUCUGCUACUAACCCUGAGUGUGCCAGCCAAUCCCACAACACUGACCUGCAGCAGAACUGCCCCCAUGACGGUAAUGAAAACCAUGCGGAUGAGAAUAGACCCCUGUCGUCCACAGAGAGCCUGCGACAGCUCUCACAGCAGCUCAACGGUCUUCUCUCUGGGUCAUCCACCACCUAUAUAAAUGGAGACAGUGCUCCCUCGCCAGCCAAUGAAAAAGAACUGGAGAGUCGAAACCAGGAGCUGGCAGCCGCACUGGACUCCAGCAACCUAACAAACAAUCAGCUCAAUACCAAGCUAGACCGGCUGACCGAGCACUCUCAGGCGCUCACAGAUCAGCUGCAAAAGGAGCGAAGAGAGUUUGAACAGAAGUGUGUGAAGGAGCAAGGAGCAAUGCGGGAACAGCUACAGGUCCACAUUCAGACCAUCGGCAUCCUGGUGUCAGAGAAAUCAGAGCUGCAGACCGCUCUGUCGUACACACAGCAGGCUGCCCGCCAGAAAACAGGGGAGGCUGAGGAGCUGAGUAACCGUCUCCAGGCCACCAAACAGAGAGUCUCUGAGCUGGAGAGAACCCUGUCCUCGGUCUCCGCACAACAGAAACAGUUUGACAAGCAUAACAAAGAGCUAGAGAAAGAGAGAGACAACCUGAGGCUAGAGGUGUACAGACUAAAUAGUGUGAGUGAGGAGGGGAGGCAGCAGAGUUCAGAGCUGUCAGAGCAGCUCAAGCUGAGGGUGAGUGAGAACAACGCUAUGAGACUGGACCUGGAUGAACUGCGUAAGAGACUGGAGAUGACUGACGACAUGCUGCAACAGUUUUCCAGUCAGUCAGGGCCUCCCAGUGCCAACCAGCAGAUGCACUUACUACUGGAGGAGAAACUACAGAUUGAGGCACACACUGCUCAGUUAAUGGAGUCGGUGGCCCAGCUGCAGACAGAGAGAGACCGCUACGCUGAGCAGAUCCAGGAGGAGGGACAAGUAUGGAAGGACAAGACGGAGCAGCUGCUCUCUCAGGUGACACUAGUAGCAGAGGAGAGGGACAGGAGCAUCAGCCAGAUCCAGGAGCUUGAAGCCCAUAUCACAGAUCUGAAGCACACUGCAGCCCUUUUGUCUCAGGAGGGAGAGGCCCAGGCGGAGCCCCAGCCCUCAGGGCCCUCGGAGAGUGAAUUGGCCCUCCAGGAGGCCCUCUGCUGCCUGCAGCAGGAGAGAGACUCGCUCAACUCACAGUUCCAAGCCCAGCUGCGUGAUAACGAGCAGCUGAGUCGCAUGUGCUCUGAGCAGGAGUCCCGUCUCUCGGAGCUGGAGCGUCAUGCGGAGCGCGGAGCUGAGGAUGCAGAGGACCGCAGGCGCAUGCUGGAGGACGUGCAGAGUGACAAGGCCACCAUCAGCCGCGCCCUGGCCCAGAACCGCACCCUUAAAGACCAACUAGCUGAGCUGCAGAACGGCUUCGUCAAACUGACCAAUGAGAACAUGGAGCUGACCACUGCUCUGCAGUCAGAACAUCACGUGAAGAAGGAGCUGGGACGCAGGAUGGGACAACUACAGGAGGACCUGCACAAUGUCAAGGAGCAGUUGGAUUUGAAGUCGCAGGAGUACCAGGCACUGCUGGAGCAGCGGGACCAGGUAGUGGCCCACCUACAGCAGUACUCUGCAGGCUAUACAGCCCUGGCGUCAGAGCGGGAGCAGCUCCACAGACAGUACCUGCAGCAGAGCCAGCUGAUGGACCGGCUGCAGCAUGACGAGACCCAGGGAAGGGUUCAGUUGGAGAUGAGCCACAAACAGCUGGAGCAAUACCAGGAGAGGCUGGAGCAGUUGUCCAGAGAUAACGAGCAGUUGAAGGCUGAAGUCACAGAGCUGCUCAACAGCUCAGCCCUGGCCACACUCCCCAGAAACCGGGGAGACGGAGUGGAGAGCCAAUCCCUGCAAGAGAGCCCACAAAAGUCCUCGAUCGCUAUCCCAGAAGACUUUGAGAGCCGCGAGGAGAUGGAGGAGUUUGUGCGCGGUGCGGUGGCGCGUGUGGAGGCAGAGCGAGAUGAGGUGAAGAGCAGACUGGAGGAGGAGAGGAGACUGCACUUCGCUGCCAGACACCAGGCUGCAGCACUCAGCAUGGACCACGACCACGGUCAGUGUCACGGUCACAGCCAUGAUGACCACAGUCACCUUGAACACACAGUCUCAGGUUCAGAGGGUGUACCAGUGGAGGUACAUGAGGCCUUGUAUGUUGCCAUGGAGAGGUUGCAGCAGCGCUUCACCUCUCUGAUGCAGGAGAAGGCUGACCUGAAGGAGAGGGUAGAGGAGCUGGAACACCGCUGUAUACAGCUGUCUGGAGAGACUGAUACUAUUGGAGAGUACAUCACCCUUUACCAGAACCAGAGAGCCAUCAUGAAGCAGAAACACACGGAGAAGGAGCAGUACAUCAGUAUGUUGGCCCAGGACAAAGAGGAGAUGAAGGCCAAACUGGCAGAGCUGCAGGACCUGGUGAUGAGGUUGGUGGGCGAGAGGAACGAGUGGUACAGCCGCUAUACUGGGGCGCUGGCUAGCGCUGCGGCUAACCCUGACCUGCUGCCAGCCGGAGAGGAGCAGAUCCAGGCUCACCACAGACGCAUGGAGCUCAACGCUGUGGAUGGACAAGAGUCUGCGGAUGUAAGGUCAGCCGUGAAGCCUGACUCCACCGACCCCCCUCACGGUGGCCCGUCAGACCAGGUCCAGGGGCUCCCCUCAGACUCCCAGGCUCUGAUGAGGCCCCAAGAGGACGGCACGACCAGGCAGAUCAUGCAGCUGCUCCAGGAGAUCCAAAACCCCCAGGGGCCCCGCUCCGUGCCCUUCCUGGGGGACAACCCCUGCGUCCCGUUCUUUUACCGGCCCGACGAGCAGGACGAAGUCAAGAUCCUGGUGGUCUGAUGAUGAUGAGACUGUGGUGCUACGUUGGAGGAUCUCUGAACAGACAUACCAUUCCACCACGUCACACUCCACUUAGGUCAUCUAGGAUUUACACGUACACACAGUUCUGGGUAUACUGUCUCUCACACACAUGCACACUCACUCUCUCUACUUUCUGGGUGAGGUUGUUUCCUCUCCUUCCUUCUCACUCUUCCUGUUGAGUCCUUGGCUGGUCUCGCAUGCCGCUUCUUUUUUUUCAUUGCACUAACAGAGUGACUUAAGGAUGUGAACUCAGUGUGUGUGGCGGCUUUCCUCUCCUCGUACACCUCCUCCUCCUUCACAACCUCCUUACUUGCAGUGUGAAUGUUUGUCUGCUCUGUCUCCUUUAAUUGGUAUUUAAUACCAUUCGAUGAUUGGGAAGUAUUCCACCGGAUGCUAUUGAGAUUCUUCCUGUGAUUCUCUUGAUGGAGAGAUGUUUAUUCCUGCACAUUGAUCCCUCCGUCUCUCUCCCCUUCUCUGCCAUUUGAACCAUAGGCGCAAUAAAGUAUCUCUGUCGCCUCUCCCUCAGUCAUUGUCUCUUAUAGGAGAAAUGUAAGGCUUUGAGUGAUACGUUAGCGGCAACAAUGGAAUACAUGGAACGGUAUCAAACACAUGGAAACCACAUGUUUGACUCUCAUUCCAUUGAUUCAAUUUCAGCUAUUACAAUGAGCAUGUCCUCCUAUAGCUCCUCCCACCAGUCUCCACUGGUACCUUUAUGUUAAGGAACUAACUCCCCAUUCACAAUGUGUCUGACUCUGGAGCAGAACUGGGCUAGUCUGUCUGUGUGUUUGGUAGGAGAGACAGACAUGGCUUGGUUUCGGCGCGUGGGCUGUCUCAAUUAAUCUCCUCGUCGCCUCUCCUCCAUGACCACUGAUUGGCGAGUAGACUGACUCACUCAGACAAGUGGUCAUGAAUGGAGGAGUACCGUAUCGAGGCACAGCCCUUGGUAGCUGUUGGUAUGUUCUAUGGCAGUGGAGUGAGUGAGUUGUCUGAGUAGGACAGGAUGGCAGGUGGGGUAGAGGAGGGCAUGACGAGUUGGGUACAGUACAUGAAGGAGGUAAGAGGCCAGGCUCGAGCCUUGGCCUACCUGGGGCGGAAGUCAGUCAGGAAAGCAUUGGUAAAGACACUAGCAUUUGGAGUGAUGGGAGCAGUUUGCACUUUUCACUUCUAAGUAGGAUACGCCAUAGGACAUCAGGAAAGAGAGGAACUAGCAUGUAGACACAUGGCUGCUCACCCCUACAACUACCUUGUCUAUCCAUCCUCUUUUAUGUGGAAACACUGAAAUUUGAACAUAUGUAUGUACACUAGAGCGUUAUCUUAUUUAUGCACACGAGCCAGUCAACUGAUUUGUAAUUCCUCAAGUUUUCUCUGCGGUUAUUUAUUUGAGGCCCCAUUUCAUAGCACCAGUUGAUCAUCUCUUGUUUAUCAAUCUUUCAAUUAUGUUGUGCUUGUUGCCCCUCAACAUAUCUCAUUUAUAAUUUAAGUCGCUCCCUUUGAGACUGGAUGAAGAUGGUGAGUCUGUUUGAUAAAUGAUUCAACCUCAAUUGUAUCCUCAUGAUUUGAAAGGUAGUUGUCUCUUCUCUCUAAAGUUACAUGGGAUUUUGCUGUAGGUUAUUGCACUAAAAUUGUACAGAGCUUCUAAUCAAACCCUGUCCCAUCUCACUUACUUUUGGAAAGUAGCUUUUCUAUGGCAGAUCCAUUCUGACAUUUGGUUUCUGUACUUGGGAGCCCUAUGAUGUCAUCAUGUGCACUUUGGCACAUCGGGGCUCAGGGUUCCACGAAUGAAGACAGAGUGUGUGUUGAAGUGACUGAAAUAUUGUGUGUGGUGCGCGCGCAGUGUGCACUAGGAGGAUGUGUAGGCAUGUACAAAUGAAUAGAGGGUUGUAAUCAUUCCAGUAACACGGGCAAUGGGCAAUGGGGGUAAGCUCUGCUGUUUGAUUGACAGGUGCAGGAAGGUCCUCUGUUUUUAGAUAACCUUACAAUGAUGACCCAAGUAAAGAUAAAAUUGCCAUAGGCACAUCUCUGCCACCCCACAGUUUUUGGGGAAAUGUGUGUACUCCCAAAAUAUUUAGGAUAUUUUUGAAUUUUUAUGCUUCCAGUGUAUCUCUGACUGCCAAUAUCCACAUUUGAUUUUUAUUCAAGAAUGGAAGUCUUUAAGCAUGUCAAAAACAGUCUGGAAAAAAGGUUUUGGUGAUGCUAUGUGAGGUGUAUUAAAUGAGAUAUAGAAAUGAGUGGUUCUGGAGAGAGUUUUCUGGUGUGUGUGUGUGUGUGUGUGUGUGUCUGAAGCAAAGCACUUUUUGUAGUAGGACUUGACAUGAUUUCUGUUGAAAGUGAUCCCAUCUGAAUAUUUAAAUUCCUGGCUUUCUUAGCAUUCUAUUUUCCUUUAGAGAGAGAACUUUUGUUUUGGGAGUGGUAAAACCAAGAGAAUAUGUUAUAGUCAUUUACAACUAUUGUUUUGAAGGUGGUGACGAGAGAGUAAAAGUAACAGGUGAAAUAGUUUUUCCACGCUUUCUAAUUCAAACUGUUGAAUGAAUGUGUGGGAUUGAGCACAUGAUGAUUAAGAGACAGAGGUGAACUCCUUCUGUUUAAAGGGACUGUAUAUACUGUAACUGUGUAACAUAUUGUAUAUUCAUUCUGCCUGGUGUGUGGGAAUAAGUGUAAUGGCUGUUUGUAGUGUUGCUAGCAGCCCAGAGGGCUUGUCUGUGUGUCUGUCUGAUCCAUUGUUGGCUUCAGGACACACACGGACAGCUGAAGUGAAGGGGUGGGGGUACCGUCUGUGAUUUAAUACAAAGGUUAAAAAAAAUCUAUUUAUUUGUAAUAAGUAUCAAAACUAAUCAGUUUUAAUGCAAUGUAGGAUCGUUGUGAGAACAAAAUGGCUUCCGGCAGUAUAUUUCUGAUGUGAUUUCUCCUGAUUAAAAGUGAUUGAGCAAAGCA